CAACCGCAGGUAUCCAGCCCAGUGAAAGAGGAGGAGGCGGAGUCCCUCAGUCAGCAGGAGCUGGAGCUGGGCUCUGUGUGUUUCUGAGUUCUGAGCUCAGAGAGGCUCAGUGUUAUUUAGUGGGGUAAAUCUUAACUAGUUAAUUAAUUAACACCAGUAUAAAAAUGUAGGCGUGCACCUGGAGACUACUUACCUGUGAGGAGCACUACUGCCACGACUUAAUAUGAGAAAUGGGACUUUUAACUGCUUAAUGCUAGCUUUAGGUUAGCUAACCUUUCGUUACCUGCACAGCGUGGGACUUUCAGCAUGAAGAAUGAGGUUGCUCGAGUCGUGAGUUGGCCUCUUGCUUACUUUAACUCUUAAACUAACUUUCUGUGUGGGGAAAAAGCUCAAAAAAUGGAGAGAACUGAAAGCUGGAGAUGUUUCAGAGACGUUGCUGCUGCUGCCACGUAGCUAAAGCCCAAACACAGCCACUCCGUCCUCUGUAAGUAGGAGUUUAAUACUUUAACUGGCUUUUUAAACAAUAUUAUCCAGAGCAAAAUGAAGAUUAAGAAGUAUUUCAGGGGCAGUGGGAGAGUUCUGGCGUUUGUUUUCGUGGCCUCCAUACUUUGGCUGCUGUUUGACAUGGCAGCUCUCAGGCUGUCCAUCAGCGACGUGAAUAGCCAGCUUCUGAAGGAGCUGGUGGUGAAAGAAAGAGAGCUGGCUAAGAAACUAGUCACUAAAGGGCCUAAAUUAGCUGAUAUAGACUUUAAACAUCCUCUAGAAAAGGUACGAGUUGGUUUUGGGGAUGGUAAAAAGCCCGGAGAAAGGCUGGAGAAGAAGGUUGUGGAGGUGUAUAGAAAGAAAUGGGAGUUUAAUGGCAAAGUAGAGCAUGAAAAAGACGUCCAAACUCAAGCUGUUGCUAAACUACAACUCAAAGAGGAGUCACAAAUGAAAGAAGCGAUACAUUUGAACGGUUUGAAAAAGGAAAAUGUGCUGAACAACACAAAUAUAAGAAACAAAUCCAUACAGAAAAAACAAGCCACAGAGACUUUAAGACUCUCACACACCAAAACCACGCCAUCUGUUGUCCAGGAACAAAAACUACCCCAACAACUGCCCCAAGAACCCAAAAAAAAACAAGUCCAAGCCCUUCCAGGUAUCAAAAUGCUCAGCAACGCCACCAAAGACACUUCUAAAGCUUUUAAAGCACAAGUGCAGGACAACAAAUCACCAGCAAAUGCUGGUUUGCCUAAAAAAUCCAACAACACCACCCUCAAAGCUCUCCAAAAAAACAAACCAGCGAAACAAGAUGCUCACCAAACAGCCACUCCAACACAGCACCAUCCUGCCAAGGUCAUACAAAGAGAUGAGACAGAAAAAAAAGUCAUCGAUGACGAGGACCACCACCAAAAGAACGACUCCUCUGUCCAAAUCUUGGCAGUAACUUCCAAAGGCAAUAAGAAAUCAUCUCAGAAACUUGCUCACAGUGCUUUUAAAAACCCAGCAAAGCUCCAAGCUCCCCAAGAAGAACCAGAGAAGCUGUUAAACAUCUCAGGUGUGAGAAGAUCAGGUGGGGUCCACAAGGUGAUGGCCCUGGACGUGACCCACAAGCCCAGAGACGUGCACGCGGUAGGGCAGUUCGGGCACGCUGCAGUGGUGCCCCUGGAGAAGCAGGAAGAAAGCAAGAAAAGGUGGAGUGAGGGAUACUUUAACGUGUUCCUCAGCGAGCAGAUUCCAGUGGACAGAGCCAUUCCUGACACAAGACCCCCAGCAUGCUCAGAGAACCUGGUUCAUGAUGACCUGCCCACUACCAGUGUGAUCUUCUGCUUUGUGGACGAGGUUUGGUCAACUCUGCUCCGCUCUGUCCAUAGUGUAUUGAACAGGUCCCCCCCUCACCUGCUCAAAGAGAUCCUGCUGGUGGACGACUUCAGCACCAAAGAUUACCUGAAGGAAAAGCUGGAUGUCUACAUGUCUCAGUUCCCCAAAGUGCGAAUCAUCCGACUGAAGGAGAGGCAGGGGCUGAUCAGAGCGAGGCUGGCUGGAGCUGCAGAGGCAAAGGGUGAUGUUCUGACUUUUCUGGACUCCCAUGUUGAGUGUAACGUGGGCUGGCUGGAACCACUGCUGGAGAGGGUCUAUCAGGACCGACGAAAAGUAGCCUGCCCUGUUAUUGAGGUCAUAAGUGAUAAGGACAUGAGUUACGUGCUGGUGGACAAUUUCCAAAGAGGCAUUUUUAAAUGGCCUUUAGUGUUUGGCUGGAGCACACUGCCAGAGGACUACAUCAAAAAGAACAACAUGAAGGACUCAGAUCCCAUAAGAUGUCCUGUGAUGGCUGGAGGUCUGUUCUCUAUAGAUAAGAAGUAUUUUUAUGAGUUGGGAUCAUAUGACCCAGGCUUGGAUGUGUGGGGAGGGGAGAACAUGGAGAUCUCCUUCAAGAUCUGGAUGUGUGGAGGAGAGAUUGAGAUAAUCCCCUGCUCUCGUGUCGGCCACAUUUUCCGUGGAGAGAACCCUUACCGGUUCCCCAAAGACCGGCAGAAGACAGUAGAGAGGAACCUGGCUCGAGUGGCUGAGGUGUGGCUGGAUGAGUACAAAGAGGUGUUCUAUGGAUACGGGUAUCUCCAUCUGCUGGACAAAAACGUGAUCGAUGUUGGAAACCUUACAGAGCAGAUCCAACUGCGGAAAAAGCUACAGUGUAAGAGCUUCAAGUGGUACCUGGACAAUGUCUAUCCCGAGCUAGAAGCUCCUCUAGUGAAAGCCGAAGGCCUGGUUUUCAAUGUGGGUACCAGAAAGUGUCUAGCACUGGAGAAAGGCUCUUUAAUUUUUGAGACUUGUGAUCUCAGCAAGCAGAGCCAGCACUUCAACUACAGUUGGGUGAAAACACUUCGCCAGAAUACUUCCUGUGUCUCUCCACAAAGCACAAGAACCGGUGUGGCCAUGGAGCCAUGUGACAACACUAAAGCACACCAGCGCUGGCUCCACAAAGCCAAUAAAAUUCUGCCAGAGCAUCUGAUUGGAGAGGUAUCCUUCAGGGGCGUCUCCCAGCGAUUGUGUUUGGAGGCGGGGCCUAAAGCAAACAGUGUGUUCCUGAAGGCAUGUGAAUCAUCCAACUCCUUCCAGAAAUGGCAGUUCACCCACUACUACGCACAGUGAGCCACGCACAGAGGAAUUCAGCUGCCAGCAGGACAUGUUGUUCAUCUUGUUUUUUGGGGGUGAAGACAUUUUGAAGUGUUACUUCAGUAUUUUUUGAGGGAUGGAGAGAUGCAUGCAUGCAGUUGAUGUAGUUUUGGUAUAGGGGAUGUUUUUAAGGGUCUGUGCAAUGUUUUUUUUUUGUUGUUGUUUUUGUUUUUGUUUGUUUGUUUCUUUGCUUGGGGCAGAUCAAAAAUGGUUGCAAUGGCUUGGAGUAAUUUUGCGGGCAGCUACUCCACAUAUACUUUUAGGAUAUUAUAUUUUUUGACAUCUCUGAAAGUUUAUACUGUAUGUUUACUGCUGUGUUUGAUUGGAGAAACCAAAAUACCAAAAUUUGAAGUGCCUAAAAAUUAAGCACAUAAAUGUGUAUUGAAUACUUUUAAGUAGUUUUAAGUAAUUGUUUGGUUCUUGACACUAUUUGGGCUUCACGGUUUGGUAUGUGUAAGGUACAAAAGAAAGAAAACGUACAUUAGAAUAAACCAAGAUUUUUUUUUCCAUUUAAUUCAAAAAGACAGUUGGACAAGCUGCAGUUUGGUCCACCUAAUACUGUAUAGUGCCCCUUAAAUAGUUAAUACUGUUAAGUAUAAGGUACAAAAAGAUAAACCCAGGUUUCUCUUAUAUAUGGUUCAUACUACACGACUUUUUGAGUUGUCAGUCAUUGUGCUGUUCACACUACAUGACUGGUUAUGCUGUAAUCUUGAGUCCUUCAGUUGUUAAGACUGUUAAGCAUUUGGUGUUUGAUGUGUUUACACACACAUGCACACACAAAACACUAACACAUCAUUCUCCUCCUCAAAUCCAGCAUGAUUUUAUUAGUUAAAAUAGACAAUAAAGCCAAAAUAUUAAUUAUUUAAGUUUUAUUUCGAGAGAGAGGAAGAUGAUGUGGGCUGGGGGGGACAAACAAAACUAAAGGGAUCACACCAAUGCUCCUAAACCACUACAGUUCCAGCAAUACCAUGCAAAUCCAACUUACUUACAAGCUUACAACUUUGCACACACACAUUUAAUUACACAUUAUUGUAUUUACCCUAAUAGCACAUAUUGUGCAAUCUGUGUGACUAGGUGCAUCAAACCAUAUAACUCCUUAAAUGUGGCAGUUUGUUACAAAUACACAUAACUGUAAGCACUUAAUUUAAAGCACAGACACAUUUAUAGAUAGAGGAGCUGGAAGCUGACUGGAUCCAAAGGGACUUUGGGACAUAUCCGAGCCAUACACCCAGCUAUGAAUGAAAAAAAUCCAAAUGAACAUAUGUAUUAUGUUUCGCUCCAUGCUGUCCAUUUCUUUUGCCAGUUUUUUUUAUUGUACAAUCAACUCCUAGCUUUGUAGCUGAGCUGGGGUGGGUGGAGUAGCCUAACACAUGCUGAAUCAAAAGUAUUAUUUGUUACAUUUAAUAUAUAAAAAAAAUGCUACCAAAAAUAUAACUUGCAAUCAAAUCAACUAGAACAGAAGUUUAUUGGGCUUUAUCAUCUUAUUGUAAAUCCUUAGCUCCAAAGUGAAAGGUACAUAAUCACAUUAUAUUGUGAUAUAAAAAGGGAAAUUAAAUGACUAAUACAAAACUGAGGAAAUAAUAUUUUUAAUAAAAAAAAUAAGAAGUUAUUUUUUUAAGUUUCGUAUUAAACAUUGUGAAUACAUCGAGAGAAAAGAUAGGGUAGUAACUAGAAGCAGCCAGAAUAAGAGCUCGUGAGGUUGAGCAGGAGGGAGCUGGAUUUAAACAAAAAUGUGGGUUGGCUUGGGGCCUGGAAGACUGGAUUUAGAAACUUGCAUAAAUCAUAUCUGAUUUUUUUUUUUUUUUUUUU